CUCUCGUGCCUCUCGUGCUACUUAUUACAAUAUUUUGCUUGCAAUUAUCCAGCUGUACCCUACUCAUAAUUAUAAUUACGUGCAUUAUACACGCAUGAAGGUGUCGGUGGCCGCGAUCAUCUACGAACGCAACAAAACAAAACACUGCUCACACGCACCAACCCGAGUGCGUGCGCCGCUGUCACUAACCUAUAUAUUAUAUACACACCCUGUUUUUACUUCUUAUACGUGUACGAGUGACGUAUGUGACAUACCUCAAUACCGUCACUAUCGUCACUAUAUCAUAUCGUUGCUCUUUCUUUCUCUCUUUCUCUGCAAUAUAUAUUUUAACACACAACGUUUGUACCACUCUCUGGCUCGUCGGGGAGCCCAGUGAUGCCCGUCUCGCAGCCAGUGCGUGCCAAGAGUUUGUUACGCGCAAACUUGGAGAAGCCUCGCACGAGUGGCUACCUACAGAGCAGAAUGCCGAACAUCAAGGUUUUCAGCGGCACCUCGCACCCCGAUCUGGCCCAGCGCAUCGUCGACAGGCUCGGUAUCGACAUAGGCAAGGUCGUAACCAAGAAAUUCAGCAAUCUCGAGACAUGUGUGGAGAUUGGAGAAUCUGUCAGAGGGGAAGAUGUUUACAUUGUGCAGAGUGGCUGUGGAGAAGUCAAUGACAAUCUGAUGGAAUUGUUGAUCAUGAUAAAUGCCUGUAAAAUUGCAUCUGCGUCUCGAGUAACAGCAGUCAUUCCCUGUUUCCCUUAUGCCCGACAGGACAAGAAGGACAAGUUAUCAUCUGCAAAGGGAGGUGAUGGGGACAAGUCAGACUCUACUCUGAGUCAAUUUGUAAUGAAGUCAAACGAGUGGAAAUUCAGGAGAAUCAAAGUUGACGGGUCGCCUCGUGGGGCCUCAUUUUUCCAGAGCCGCGCUCCCAUUUCGGCGAAGCUGGUGGCCAACAUGCUGUCCGUUGCUGGGGCUGACCACAUCAUCACCAUGGACCUGCACGCCAGUCAGAUUCAGGGUUUCUUCGACAUUCCUGUGGACAACCUGUUCGCCGAGCCUGCUGUGCUCAAGUGGAUCAAGGAGAACAUACCCGAAUGGAGGAAUAGCACCAUUGUCUCACCCGACGCUGGUGGCGCCAAAAGAGUAACAUCAAUAGCUGAUCGCUUGAACGUUGAGUUCGCUCUGAUCCAUAAAGAGCGCAAGAAGGCUAAUGAGGUGGCGAGCAUGGUUCUCGUAGGUGACGUCAAGGAUCGUGUGGCCAUUCUUGUCGACGACAUGGCCGACACCUGUGGCACUAUCGUGCACGCUGCCGACAAACUGGUCGAAGCCGGUGCCACAAAAGUUUAUGCCAUCCUUACCCACGGCAUUUUCAGCGGACCGGCCAUCAGUAGGAUCAACAACGCCUGUUUCGAGGCCGUAGUUGUUACCAACACCAUUCCUCAAGACGCUCACAUGAAAGAGUGCUCCAAAAUUCAAUGCAUCGAUGUAUCAAUGAUGUUUGCCGAGGCCGUAAGAAGAACCCACAACGGUGAAUCUGUGUCGUAUUUAUUUUCAAAUGUACCAUAUUAAUGAGGUCCAUUACUUUUAUACAGCUGUCAGACCACGUAAACAAUCCGUAAUUAUAAAUCAGUGAUCUUGGCUAAUAUCAGAUAAGAAUAGCGUAAAAGAGUGUGAAUGUCAACGAGAAAGAACGGAAUUUACCAGAGUGAUUUGUUUUGAUGCAAACAGACGAUGUCGCUAUCAUCUUUGAAAUUUAUUGGAAACGUAUAAGGCGUCGCAAAUAUGUAUUGUUUUUCAAAAUGUCACCCGGCACCUCAGCAGUUUCUACAUUCUGGUUUUUCACAAUAAGAUAAAUUUCGUACAGCUCAUAAGAGUACACUAUAGCAACGCUGAGUGCCAUUAGGUAACUACCCUGUUAUCAAUCAUAUGAGCACUUCUGGUCCCUUCGAAUUUGGAAUCUCUUACAAUACAUUGAGAUUAUUUUCAACAUUUGAUAGUGAAAAACAGAUAAAUCAAGUAUUUGUUUCAACUUGCAGAAACUUAGCUGAUUAUUCACUGUCUAGGUACUUAGUAGCUUCUAUUUCUGUUUGCAUUUAAUCAGCGAUCAUGCAAUUGGUGGAACUGAAUGAUUCUUAUUUUUUAACACGAAGCCGUAAUAAAACAAAGUUCUAUAUUUUUUAUUUGUUGACAUAAAUUUUUGAUACUGAGCUAUUAAUAUGUUUUUAAAUGAAACAUGAUUAUGUUUUUGAUGUUUCUUAAAUCAUAAAUACCUCGUUUUAAAAAAACCACAUGGUUUUUGCACAAAAAACCAUACGGCUUUUUCAAACGAGACUUGACCACUUGAAAAAAAUUUUAUAUGGAAUAAUCCUUUAAGAUGAAAUUCGACAUCUUAAUGUUUGAUACAGAUAUGAAACAUAUUACAAUUAUAAAAAAAAAACUUUGUUGACAAAAGCAACUAUUUAAUAGAAUUCUGUACUGACUAUUAUUCGUUUCGCAGUACAGCUUCAUGAACUAUAUACAGUAAAUUAUUUUUAACUUUAAACUGAUUUAUUCUCUUCAUUAUACAAAUGUAAGACAUCUGUGAAAUAUUAUGUUUAACAUUAGAAUUCAAUUUGCACCUAAAAGCUAAAUUAAAAUUACUUAAACAAUUUCAUUGUUUUUGAAAAGCCAUCUGGUUAGUACCUGUAAACUUGAAUAUUUGUUACAAAUUUGCUUUUACAUGCGUUGUACAAUUUACAUUAAAUAAUGUCCUUUUUGUAAA